AUGAAUACUCUACCCUCGGAGCUUCUGGAAUUCAUUUUCGAAGAAUUCACGGAGAGUUUCGACGACGAUCCAAAAACCCUCGCCAGCUGCAGCCUCGUUUCCCGUGCCUUCUGUGCGGCUGCACAACCACUGCUCUUUCGGUCCAUCUCUCUGAAGAGAGCAGAGCAGACUCAAAGGUUUGCCACGGCAGUGACGAACAAUUGCGACCAUUUAGCACUGCACGUGCACAACGUAGAAAUUUGGCCUCCAACGUACGCUGGAGACUUUCCUCCUUACGAUGCGCUAGCUCGCAUUGAGCUUCCUAACCUCGUUAAACUGGUCCUUGGAGCGCCGGAUCACUGCCUCCUUUUUGGCACUAACCAACGCUGGAACGAGUUCCCCAUCGCCAUGCAAAACUGGAUCCUCGACGUUUGUAACGGCAAAAGGACCGCCCGAAUCCAAACACUUCGCAUCGAAUGCUAUCUCGAUAUCCCUCCCUCCAUCCUCCAGACGGGGCCGUCUCUCAAGAACCUCACACUUAUACGUACCAGAUUCGAACCCGGGAAGCUACGCGAGCUCAGCGCCCUUGCCAGCCGCGAUGGCGACCCUGCAGGAGCCAAUCUAUGCCGUCCCAGACUGUUGGGAUUCAGCGAAUCGCAACGCGAUCUCCUCUCUUUGGACGCCAAGAUCUUUUCGCAAAUUGAGGAAAUUAUCAUUGACGUCAAGUCAGAUGGCCUCGAGGACCGCCGGACGACGAACGACAUGCUGCAGGCAUCUGCAAGUACCCCCAGGCAAGUCGCGUCUAUCCUUGUGAAUCCUUUCCACCUAACGUUCAAUUCCUCAGCGUUGCACGACCUUGGCUCAUUGAAGAAUCUGACUUCCCUCAUGUUCAUCACUGAACGCGCUUUUUCCUCGACCCACAUUUCGGCAAUCGCCAACACCCUCUCUACGCUCCAACCUGGGAUUCCCCUGAAAGCACUCGGAAUUCUGCUUGAUGGCUACAGCCAGCUCGGAGAUCCUUAUGGCAGGUUAAAGAACAUCCCGUUCAUGGCGCCCCUUGGCGUUGGGGACGCGAUUGCAUGGAAGAAGCUCGACGUGAGCAUUUCAUCCCUUGCUCACAGCUUACGCUCGACCUUGUCGGAAGUCUUCAUUGACUUCCAAGUUCGACUACGACUACCCGACACAUUUGAGGGGGAUGAACAGCAGAGCCAGGGAUGGAAUGAGCAUUGUGGCGAGGUUCGGGAGAUGUUCAUAGCUCCGGUAGAGCUGUUGCCUCAAGCGUCAAAGAGCGAGAUAUUUCACUUUGAAUUUAGAGUUCUUAAGGCCUGA